UCUCUCUCUCUCUCUCUCUCUCUUUUUCUUUCUUUAUAUUUAUUGUCUUGCUCCUCUUUUUUUUUAUUCUCUGUUGGGUGCAUCUUUUUUUUUCCUUGUUUUCAUUAUUUUUUGUGUGUGUGCGGUGCAAAAAAAAACAAGACCGCUUCUCUUACGCUUUUGUUACAAGCCUUGUUGCCAUGAAGUUGAUUGCAUGGCUCCUUUUAUUGACACUUUAUUUAGGUCUAGUCAAAGCCUCUGUUCAUGUGAUUUCAACCAAUGAAACUUACGCUGGUCGCACCGCUGCAUUUGGUCCGCGUUUAUUGGAAAACGGGAAAUUCGGCUAUUUGAUCGAACCGCAAGACCCGUUCGCAUGCAAUGUGGUCGAACCCGUGUACGAUAAUUGGAUUGCACUUGUCAGACGAGGCCAAUGUUCCUUUAUUACUAAAGUGCGGAAUAUGCAAAAGAGCGGCGCCAUUGCCGUGGUGGUGGGCGAUCCUGAUCAUUCAAGCUGGGUUACCAUGUAUGCGCCUGGUGACACCACCGAUGUGCUGAUCCCCAGCAUGUUCCUUACACGACGUGAAUAUCGUUCUCUGAUACGCUUGACCAAACUCGUCGACGGUCCACUCAUGGUUCUCAUGCAACCCGAAGACUUUAUUACCUGGCCACUGUUCGAUGUUUUGAUUAUCGUCAUUAUAUCACCCUGUAUUAUGAUGUCGUUCAUCUAUCUGUCAUGGAAAAUUCGUCAACGACAAAAACACAAGCAAGAUUUGGCCCCCGUCGAUGUCGUCAUGAAACUCACCAUGAAAAUAUUCAGUCGAGAAAAGAUCCGUGAAAACGAAGCCGAAGAGUGCGCCAUCUGUUUGGAAGAUUACGCCGACGGCGAUGAAUUGCGCGUGUUACCUUGCAAACACGACUUUCACGUCUCGUGCGUCGAUGCCUGGCUGACCACUCAAAAGAAAUUUUGUCCUAUAUGCAAGCGAGACAUAACUUGCAUCAGCACAAGUGAAGUCACGCCGUUAUUAGAUGCAUGAAGCAUUACGGUGACCUUGUUUUUUCCCCUGAUUCAUUCAUUCAUUUCUUUACGGCAACCACUCUCUAAACACCCCCCCCCAACCCCUUUUCUUAUUUUGUCUUGUAUAUCACUGUAAAUUGAUACCUAAACUUUCUUGUAAAUUAUUUCAUACUUGAUGAUAAAAUGGGGACUAUCACUUCCCAAAAUACACACAGGC